AAUGGGUACAUGUGGAGGUAAACCCAAAAAAACAAAUUUGUAUAAUAUACCACGGUCAUUAGAGGAAAAAUGUAAGCUUAUUUAAUUAUGUAAGUUCUUCCAAAAGAAAUUGAUUUAUUGUUCUUAAUAUAUAGUGAUCUAAAUUCUCGUAAUAUUGAAAAUUUAGUUAAUAAAACAGCAUUUACAGAUUUUUUUACAAUGAUUGGAUUAUGGGGUGAUUUAGUUUUUGAUUAUUUUAAUAAAGAUGAUGAAAAUGAAAAUCUCAUUAAUUUUGAAUAGUUUUUAAAAGGUGUAGCAUAUUUUAUAAAAUGUGAUGAAGAAUAAAAAAUAGAUCAUCUAUUUAAAUUGUAUGAUUUAGAAAAUAUAGGAAUAAUAAAAAAGGCUGAGUUCCUACAAAUGGUAAUUUGCAUUUAUAAAUUAAGCUUUAAAAUUAUCCAAGAGAAGAUUUAAUUAGAUUAUUAGAUGAUCCAAUGUUCUUAGAAGAUCUUAAGAUUCUUAAAUAUUAUGAAAAAAAAGAAAAAAUUAACUAAAAAAAGGCUCAACCAUUAAGAACAGAUGAAUAAGAAUUUACUGAAUCAGGUAAUUUUUAAAUUAAAAAUGAUAGUUCAUGCAUUAUAAAGAAGAGGAUCUUAAUAAAGUGGUGAGAUCAAAUCACUUUCUAGAUAAUAAUCAGUUGAAUGUUAAUCAUUUUAAUCUAGUCUUCCUAAUUUUAAUGAACAAAGUGUUGUUAUGAUGUUUCCAAAUGAAAGUUUAGUUGGACCAAAUGGUGUUCCUAUGGGUUAGUUUGGUUAAAAUAUAUCAUUUUAAAUAAAUGGAAAAUUAGUUGAAUUAAAAAGAGUAAAUGUGAAUUAUUUAGUACGUAAAUAUGUAGAUAUGAUAUACAAAAAUAAAGGAAAACAAGAAGAAGAGUAAUAUAAUUUAUAUAUAUAUAUAUAGAUUAUCAAUUGAAGAAUUUAAAUAGUUUGUCAAAUUGCAUCCAAAAAUAUUUGAUGGACUUUAUAAAGCAUUUAAUUAUGAUAUUUGGGGUGUUAAUAAUAGUACUUUAGUACCUUUAUUUGUAACUACUUAAAAAGAUCUAGAAGGACAUUUAAAAAAGGUUAGUAGAAAAAAUCCAAAAUAGAUGAAAGAUAGAUAUUUUAAACUUAUAUAGAGAUUUUGUCUAUCUUAUAAAAAACUUGAUUAGGUGAUUCCUUCAAGUAAUAUAUUUUUUAUAAUUCUUAAUUUAGAGAUAUUUUGUUUAGAUGGUUUGACAAUCCAAGAGAUUGUAAAUAGUUAAGAAUAAUAAUAUGGUUUUGAAAUUUCACAUAAAGAUAAGGUAUAUCCUUUAAGAUUAUACUAUUGUAAAGAUUUUGAGGAAUUUAAGAAAUGGACAACAAGUUUAUAAAUGUUUUAGAAGUAUUUUAUAACCUGAAAUAGGGCAUCAGUAAAUGAUUAUUAUUCUAUAUUAUAAAAGAUUGGAGAAGGUAAAUUUUCUAUUGUUUAUCUUUGUGAAGACAAGAAAACUAAAUAACAAUUGGCAAUGAAGAUUAUCGAAAAAUUUAAAUUAUCAAAAUAAGAAAAAUUAAUGUUAGCGUAUAAUUCAACAUUUUAUUAUAAAUAGACAUGAAGUAGAAAUAAUGAAAUUAUUGAAUCACUCUUGUAUUAUUAGAUUUGUUGAGAUAAUAGAAACUAAAACUCAUUUAAAUAUAAUUACAGAAGUUGUUAGAGAUGGAGAUCUAUUUGAUUAUAUUACUAAUAAUGAAAAUUUAAAUGAAUAGGAGUCUUCUUUAAUAAUGAGUUAAUUGUUUGAUACUAUUAAUUAUGUUCAUAGUGUUGGAAUAGUUCAUAGAGAUUUAAAACCAGAAAACAUAAUGAUUGUUCUUGAUUAAAUUACAAAAACAGUAAAGUAAGUUAAAAUUAUUGAUUUUGGAUUUGCAAACUUUUUAACAAAUAUAUAGAAUAAAGAAGGUGAAGCUUUAUGUGGAACAACAAAUUAUUUAGCUCCAGAAACUUUAUCUUAAAAAAGAAUUGAUUUUAAAGUAGAUAACUUUGCUUUGGGUGUUAUUCUUUAUUUUUUAUUAUCUGGUAUGAUUAUUUAAUUUAUUUUAAGGAUUUUUACCUUUUGAUGCUCCUUUUCCUGAAGAUAUAAUUAAAAAUAUCUUAGAUAGUACUUAUGAUUUAAAUGACAGUUUUUGGUAACAAAUAUCUGCUGAUGCAAAAGAUUUGAUAACAAAAUUAUUAAAUAAAGAUCCAGAUGAGAGAAUAUCUUUGGAUGAAGCAUUAAAUCAUCCUUGGAUUAAAGUAUUAGAUUAUGUUGAUUAAUAUAGAAUCGCUCUACGUUGCAAACUAAAAAAGUUUAAAGAUAGAGAUAGAGGUUAGGAUUAUUUUGA